AUGAUUCUGAUUGCAAUCGGGACAGGCUUUUGGAUGCAAUUAUCAGUGUAAAUCUUUUUUUCUAUCUGUAUCGGGUAGGUAACAAUACAUACAGUAUGUAGCUCAGAUGCCCGCCAAGUUACAAAAAAAGCGAUUUUGACUGAAAGCAGGCUCACGGGGGUAUUAAAAGUAGUGUUAGGUCCCCCGGUGGCGAUAUUUUUUCGUAAUAAAUUGAGUAAUUUGGAAACGCGGCGAUUCGGGCUUAUUGAGUAGGAGCAUGCAAUACGUGUACACGAAAAGAAAAGACCGUUGUGGCCGUCCUCGGAUUGCAUUUCUCCCUAGAAAUGAUGUAGUAUGCAGUGACUGCUAGUCGAUCAUUUGAUGGCGAGCAAAGCCCUUUAACAUGAUAUGCAGAAUUUUUAUUCUAGAUGCUUCAUUUGUGCAGUGAGUGCGAUUACUCAAGUAGGGAUAAUUACUUUUUGUCCUGUUUGGGAGGUUGCUGUUACAAAGCUGGCCACUGACUAAGAAACUGGGAUAUAUGUAGCAAGCGCAGCUACGAAGGAGCCAUUUUCUGUUUAUAGAUUUUCCGUAACGUUAGUUUUACUACCGUGGCUGCCAAGUUUUAUGGCGUCCCUUGAGUUCCGUGGAGCACUGAGGUGUUCAGCGUUCUUAGUCGAUAACCAGGGGACGUUUUUACGGUUAUCGAGAUUAUUAAAAUGCGACAGUUCUUAGAGGGUUUUGCCGAUGUGUGCGGUCGGUAGUUGUUUUAUUCUCAACCAUCAGUUCGGGUGUUUAUAGGCUGACCUAGAGUGAAACUCCUCACCCUAGACAGGUCUCCACAACAAAGGCUGGCGAUGACUAUGCCCAGUAAAAAAAGGCACUAUAUAGCGGGCUUUUUCUUUCGAACACGAAUGCCUGCACCCUUAUUUUUUUCCAGAGUGGAAAUUUUUGAAAAAUCUUUAGUAUGUUUAAGUUGGAGGGGUUAACAUCACAUUCUUACGUUCCUAGAAUAUUAUUAUAAAUGCCCUACAGUAGUCCUAGAGCGCCAUACUGUUCUGUUUCUAAAUUGCAUAUAAACUUGGCGUGAGGCGCCCGAAAUGUCACGUCAUGGGCAUGGAAGUUAAACAAGCAGAGAGUGUGUCGAGUCUCACCAAGGGAGUUCUGUUAUCUCUUUGGCAGUGAUCCAGGUGCCCGUACACGUGACGUUGCUCUGCGCAAAUCGUUAAACUAGGAAAGGAAAAUUGCUACUUCUAAGGUACUCCUUGUGGACCAUAUGGGUCGCGGUCAUUAUGUCUCACUAGCCUCAAUGCCCACACACCACAUCUUUCCCUACAAUGUUCUUCGUUCUUUUACAGAGUUGCUAGGCGAACUCGUUCUUCAUAUGCCCUCGUGAUUUUGAUGAAAAAAUAAGAAACAUCGACUGUCCUUUUAGGGUUUUUUUUCUCCUCAGGUCAUCCAUUCCAACCACUUUCACAGUUGCUUCCCCUUUUCAGCAUAUUGUUGCACUUGAUUCAAUAAAGGCUUAGUAGCGCCCAGGAAUUAACCCCAUAUGACCAUCCUUUUCAUAAAAAUGCGGUCUGCCUCGAUAGGUAGUCUGACGCCAUUUCGAUUAUUAAAUGCUUGAUCUAAUCGACUGCCUUUAUUUUGACUCAGCUGCGAAGAACUCGAUGACCCCGAUGGGAUUCGAACUCACGACAGCUAGGGGAGGGCUUGAGUGCAUCCAACGCCCUUGCUACCUGCGCUACGAGGCCGCACCGACAGCUGUGGAUUUAGUCUCAUUUGGGUCAAGUUAUCCGUACAGCCUUCUGCAACGCCUGGAAUCCACCAAAUCCGAUAUAGUAAACUGUGUACCCAAGCAGGAUUUCCUAAGUAAUCCAUCUAGAAUCCAGUAGAUGAAUGCCAGGCUCAUGUAAUCAAUAAGUGUUGUGUUCGAAUCCUGCCGAGGUCGCCGAGUUUUCCACAGUCGGGUCACAAUGAAUUCGAAAUCUGCCAAAACACAUUAAAUUGACCAUUAUAAACCAAUUAGAAGAAAACAGCAUUGUUGCCGGAAUUAAUAGUGCUAGUUUGGAAGGUUCUUCAUUUCUCCUCUGUGAGCUCUAUCAAUGAAUUUGGAUGCAUUCGGGUGCGAUUCUUAUCCUUUCUUAUUAUUGACGGCCUAGUUGGCCUUCCGUUACUUACGUGGGGGCUACUUUCCUGUACAAAAUAUUCCAAGGUGUACUGUUCUGUUCACUGUGAGUAUGUUAUGUAGUUCUUACCAUCCAUUGUUUUUUCAUGUUGCGUACUCGUAAGUACACUUAAUUUCACUUGCAGCUUGAGUGCACGGUACUACUAUUGCGCCCCUCCCAUAGGAUCCGGACUCUUGCAUGAGUGGACCACCGUCUCGCGAAAAGUAGAUCUAAAGGUGCAUUACUGUCUGGAGUGGUGCCAACGGGCAGCCUAUUUGGUUACAGUGGUGUCCGCUACGGAGGCGUUAAUUACGCCAUUUUCUUACUUUUGCACUCCCAAAACCUCCUUGACUGGAGACGGUGCUUUUCAACUGCUACUAACUGCAUUUCCCUCGAAUCACUGGCCUUCUAACUUAACUCAUCAUUGGGAGUCUGCGUACUUUGUUGUCUCUUCGGCAUUCUCGGUUUUUUGCCUAAAACUUUUUCCUGCCUGAAUAAAGCUAGCUGUGGUCUUCUUUGCUCGGUCUUCGACAAAAUACCCAUUAAAUAUGACGAGCUUGUGACCACGCCGCGGGCUGGGAGAGCGUUUGGACUCUGUUCAGAGUGCAAUUCGACCCUCUAUAGCUAUAUUACGAUCAGCUGGGGCACGGCGAUCUUUCAUUUGGGAAGACCCCCGAGGUUAGUAGAAGAUGCGUCCGCUGGAACUAGGGGUUUCCCAUACUGACGUUUCGGAUUCUCAGUUCAACCCAUCAUCAGAGACAGUCGCAGGUAUAGGUUUUCCGACCGUUCGGUAUUCGGUCUGGCGCCCGACAGGGUUGUAUCCUGACACCAAUACUGUUUAACUACGCUAUUGACUGGAUCCUCGGGAGGGCCCUACGCGAGAGUGAAGGCGUUGAAUUUGCACCUGGACAUCGACUGACUGAUCUCGACUAUGCCGAUUAUAUCGCAUUACUUGCCUCAAGUUUUGGUGAUCUGCAGUCUAUGGUGUCACGGGUGAACGAGGUCGCUAAAUCAGUCGGUUUGUCCAUAAACGCUGGGAAGACCAAAGUGUUCUCAAGCUGCAUCCCUGACCAGGAGAAGACACCCCUCGGGAUCGAUGGCUGUCAACUUGAAGAAGUAGACAGUUUUAAAUACCUUGGGGCGAGGCUGCUGCCUAAUGGACAGAGUAAGGAUGACAUUGUCUCCCGAAUCGACGCUGCCCGCUGGAUUUUUUCAAACCUUCGGAAAUGCCUGUGGAACCGACGUGACCUCUCCAUCGCCAGUAAGAUUCGCGUGUACCAUGCAUCUAUCCGGUCUGUCCUCUACGGUUGUGGAUGCUGGACUUUGCGCGUGGAGGACGAGCGAAAACUGGAGGUAUUUGACUACCACUGCUUGAGGACCAUCCUUCGAGUGAAGUUCACCGACUUCGUCUCAAAUGAGACGGUCCGCGCUCGCUGCGACAUCUCAAGGAUAACUCCGGCCAUCCAAGAAAGACGACUGAGGUGGUUCUGGCGUGCUCUUCGUCGUCCACCUCAGGAGCUCAGUGUUACUGCCCUCGAUCCGGCGCCGUUGCCCUAUUGGAGGCGUCGAAGAGGGGGUCAGUUCAAAACCUGGCUCGACACUGUCCGUCAAGACAUGGAGGUGGUUCUUGGACCUUCGGUAUUCGGUCUCCGUCGUUGGCGAAGGGAAUGGGUUGAGCUGUCUAGAUCUGCUGCCGCGGAUCGUCACGCGUGGAGAGGUACAAUUCGGUACAUCAUCGAGGCCGGCUAG